CAGUCUGUGUUUGGAGCAGAGACUCUCCACAGGCCCAGCUAGAGAGGCCAGGGACACAGGUGGCUCUUCGAGGGCCUAACAGCCCCACAGGUCCCUGACAUGUGAGCACCUUUCUGUGCCUCAGUUUCCUCACAUGCAUCUCACUGGUGGCAAGUCUGAGGAUCAAACAGCACAGCGUACAGUAGGCACUCAGUAAGCAUUUGCUGGCACUGUUUGUUCUCAUCACAGCAACCUCAUCCCGUUCCUCCCCGGGGCAGACACUGGCCUCAGAACCCCGGCCCGGUCAUUACGAUGAGGCCCACAGCACUGGGCUCCCCAGGCCAUGCACCCCCGGAAGACGACGGACCUGUCAUGGUGAAGCUGGAGGACUCUGAGGAGGAGGGUGAGGCUGUCCCGUGGGAUCCCGGCCCAGAGGCUGCACGCCAGCGUUUCCGGCACUUUCGCUAUGAGGAGACAAUGGGUGCCCGAGAGGCCCUGGCCCGCCUCCGGGAGCUGUGCCGCCAGUGGCUGCAGCCAGAAGUGCACUCCAAGGAGCAGAUGCUGGAGUUGCUGGUGCUGGAGCAGUUCUUGGGCACCCUGCCCCCUGAGAUCCAGGCCCGCGUGCGGGGACAGUGGCCAGGCAGCCCUGAGGAGGCUGUGGCCCUGGUCGAGGGGCUGCGCCGGGAGCCGGGAGGACCCCGGAGAUGGGUCACAGUCCAAGUGCAGGGUCAGGAGGUGCUAUCAGAGAAGAUGGAGCCCUCUGACUUCCAGCCCCUCCCUCAAACCAAGCCUCGGACUCCAGAACCUGGGCCUGAGAUGCCCCCUGGGGCCAUGCAGGAGUCACCGCUGGGCCUUCAGGUGAAAGAGGAGCUCGAGGUUACAGAGGACCCAGAGCUUCUGGAUUCUGGGCCUCUAGCCAACCCCCAGGAGGCCACUUCCACUCUCCUGCCUGAGGAGGCCCAGGGCUGUAGGAUGGCGCUGGACCAGGCCCCUCCCCAGUGUGAAACCAGGCCUGAGGGGCCCUCAUGGAGGGAGCACCCUGGGGCCCUGUGGCAGGAGGAAGCCGGGAACAUCUUCUCCCCAGGGUUUGCGCUCCAGAUGGACAGCAUCUCUGCUGGCCUAGGCACUGUGAGCCCCCACCUCCACGUUCCUUGGGACCUCGGGGUGGCCGGCCUCACCAGCCGACUCCAGUCACCCUCCCGAGAAAGUAGCUUCUCGCACACGCUUGUGCUCCCCAAUGACCCGGGAGGUGAGCAGAACCCCACGGGCCUGGAUCCCCGCCAGGGCGUGGGUUCGGUGCUGGCCACCGCCCGCUGGCGCGCCCCCAGAGGUCGCAGCCGGGGCCGGGGCCGGCCCAGCACAGGCGCUGGGGCGGUGCGAGGCGGCCGCUGCGACGUGUGCGGGAAGGUGUUCAGCCAACGCAGCAACCUGCUGAGGCACCAGAAGAUACACACGGGAGAGCGGCCGUUCGUGUGUGGCGAAUGCGGCCGCAGCUUCAGCCGCAGCUCACACCUGCUGCGCCACCAGCUCACGCAUACUGAGGAGCGUCCGUUCGUGUGCGGCGACUGCGGCCAGGGCUUCGUGCGCAGCGCACGCCUGGAGGAGCACCGGCGCGUGCACACCGGUGAGCAGCCCUUCCGCUGCACCGAGUGCGGCCAGAGCUUCCGGCAGCGCUCCAACCUGCUGCAGCACCAGCGCAUCCAUGGCGACCCCCCAGGUCCCGGCGCUGCGCCCCCCACACCCCGCGACGCGCCUGAGCCCCCAGGCCCCUUCCCGUGCAGCGAGUGCCGGGAGAGCUUCGCGCGGCGCGCCGUGCUGCUGGAGCACCAGGCCGUGCACACGGGCGACAAAUCUUUCGGCUGCGUGGAGUGCGGCGAGCGCUUCGGCCGCCGCUCGGUGCUGCUGCAGCACCGGCGCGUACACAGUGGAGAGCGGCCCUUCGCCUGCGCCGAGUGCGGCCAGAGCUUCCGGCAGCGCUCCAACCUCACGCAGCACCGGCGCAUCCACACGGGUGAGCGGCCCUUCUCCUGCGCCGAAUGCGGCAAGGCCUUCCGCCAGCGGCCCACGCUCACGCAGCACUUGCGCGUGCACACGGGCGAGAAGCCCUUUGCCUGCCCCGAGUGCGGCCAGCGCUUCAGCCAGCGUCUCAAGCUCACGCGCCACCAGCGGACGCACACGGGUGAGAAGCCGUACCACUGCAGCGAGUGCGGCUUGGGCUUCACGCAAGUCUCACGGCUCACCGAGCACCAGCGCAUCCACACGGGUGAGCGGCCCUUCGCCUGCCCUGAAUGCGGCCAGAGCUUCCGGCAGCACGCCAACCUCACGCAGCACCGGCGCAUCCACACGGGUGAGCGACCCUACGCGUGCCCCGAGUGCGGCAAGGCCUUCCGCCAGCGGCCCACGCUCACGCAGCACUUGCGCACCCACCGGCGCGAGAAGCCCUUCGCCUGCCAGGACUGUGGCCGCCGCUUCCACCAGAGCACCAAGCUCAUCCAGCACCAGCGCGUCCACAGUGCAGAGUAGUUAGCGCUCACUAGACCCUUCUCUGCAUCCACCUCGGUCCUCUGUGUGGGAGAGGGUAGAACACCUACCUCACAGGGUUGUUGUGAGGCCUGCGAUCGCUUCGGUACAAGCAGGCCCGCCCAGGGUCUGACCCCCAGUAGGUGCUCAAUAAACAGUAGACGGAACC